UUCUUGUGCAUGUGUGUAACGCUCGUCUCGUAUUGCCAUUAACAGAGGCUGAAGGCUGGGCAGUACAGCGUCUGACGGCCCGCAAUCUGGAAACGACAGCAUUAUCUAAAGGGGAGGGAGAGGGACAGACAGAGACGGCUCUUAUUUUACGACGCUCAAUUCCUCGGAGGGCGCGGGCACGUGUAUAAAAGCUCCAGCCGUCGCGGUGGCGCGCACAGUCUGGAUUUACACAGUGAGUGAGAGAGAUCGGUUGGAUUAUAAACAUUAACGGGGAGAAAUGACAAACGCACAGGAAACGACCCGGCGCGACGCCACACCUCCGCACACUGCUGCAGUAGAUGCAGUGAGGAUGAGGAGAAGAAAGGCUCAGUGGCUUGUUUCAGGCAUGUUGUGUCUGUCUUUGGUCAUUGUUGUGAUUGGUAUCUACAUCAGCACACGCACUGAGAGCGUCAGCAUCACAGGAUACGUGUCUGGAGUUAUUUUGGCGUUUGGAUCAUUCUUGGGAGUUCUUGGACUAUGCCUAGAGGAAAACCGCAAGCAGCUGCUAAUUGCAGCCAUCGUGUUCCUGAGUUUUGGUAUAAUUUCCAGUUUCCUGUGUCUUGUGGUUGAUGGCGUUUUCAUCCUACUCAACAUUGAUAUGCGUCCAAUGAAAGCAGGAAGAUGUCAGUUCUACACCAGUGGAAAUAGUUACAUCUAUGAGAACUACUAUGCCACAGUUCCCUGUCAAGGACUAACGGAAUCCUGUAAUAUGAAAGUCCGCAGUGGAACCUGUUACUGUUGUGAUUUGUAUGAUUGUGCCAAUGGAGGAUAUCUGAACAAUUACUAUGAGUUUGUUGGUGUGCAGAGCUGUCAGGAGGUUCACUCUCUGUAUGUUCUUCUCUGGGUCCUAACCACCCUUAAUCUGCUGGCCUUCGUGUGCGGAAUCCUGACCACUGCUGUACUGGGCAGCAUCAAAGACAUGAAGUCUGGGGUGGUCGCUCUUGAUGUGUCCCAGUGGGGAGGUUCAUCUCUAUUCUCUUUUGAUGGGGCCAACUGUUCUUCCCCAACUGCACCCCUGCUAAUGGACCCAAACUCGCACGCAGGACACCAGCUCUACCCGAAGGCAUCGCUUUAUGUUUCUCCAGCAGCACCUGCGGCUGCAGGAUCUAGUGUGUCUCCAGCAGGAUCGGCGGAUACGUCCCAUGUACAGCCCAACCCUCCUCCCUUCGCCCCUCUCUACAACCUGCUACCCUACAAGACCUCAGGCUUCUCAGCUUAGAGCAUUUGAAUCCAAACCAAAGACCUUUAGACUGCACUCGCCCUAAACACAACAUGAAAUCAAAAAUGGACUGUUUGCUUUCUGAAUAAAUGUCUUAUUGUGCAAGAUUCUUGUAAGCAAGAAAAUGGCUUGUUUAUGAAAUCUUUCAUCAAAAUGUCUUUUCACUUUCAUCACCUCUGUAAUGGUGAAACAAUGGCUUUUCUACUGCAAGCCUGGGUGGAUGGGAAAAUAAUGAUAACUAAUGAUAUUUUUUCGACUUUUCAUGAGCAGUCAAACCCUGACGAAUGAAGCCCCGCUCUACCUUUGGUUCUAGUGGUUUAUACACUUCAUUUAUAAAUAUGCCACAUUAUAGACAUUUACUGCAGAAAUGCAUUGCUGAUGCCGUUUCAUGUUGUCUUUAAGGUGAUAUGAGGCUGCAAAGUCUAGUUCUUACUAUGGCUGUAAAAUAUACAAUUCUAAUGUAUCGCAUUAUAACGUAAAUGGCUCAUUAAAAAAACAAUAACACUUAUUACAAUCAGUUGUAGACUGUGACUCCAUUUGAACUAACUUCUCCACAGAAUAAUGUUAAUUAUCAUCAAUCAUCAUUAGUUCUCCCAUACUUCAAAAUCACAGCUGUUAACUUCAUCAGCUUGUUACAACUUGAGGUUUUCUUGAAGCACUUUGUGAAAGCAAGGGAUUGGAACAGACCGUCAAAAUGUAAUCUAGAUGUUUGUAUAUGAUGUGUGAAUGUUUCUUUUGAUGAAGUUGAAUUGUUGUUUCUCUGUAAUGUUUUGUAUGUCUUUUAUACUUAAAAGUGUUACUUUAAUUGUAAUUAUAAUGAUAUAUUUUUGUUUUUGUACAAGCUCUGUUAAAAAAAGAAGUUCAUAUUUUAUUCCAAAGGCAUUGUACUUGGCAGUAAAAUAAAAACAAAGCUUUAUUCUCAUAAAGCUGUAUUUUA